AUUGCCGCUAUCCAAUCAUUUUUCUCCAAGCAGUGUUUCCGGUGAGGUCAAGUCGCAUACCUUGACUAUUUCCGGUAAGGUCAGAAACAUACACACAGCUGUUGACCAAGAUGGCGCACAUGAGUGCCGAGGAAGAGACGUCUCUAGACCAGGAGGCUGGAGACCAAAUUUCGGCGAUUCUGCGGCGCUGUCGGGGACGUCCUCGCCUCACUGACACGGACCGAGCUAAGAGGCGAUUGGAGUCCCGGAAAAAGUACGACGUCCGGCGAGUGUACCUCGGGGAGUCGCACAAACUGUGGAGUGAACUUCGGAAGCGGACCAGUUUAAGCGACGCCGGACUAGCCGAGUAUUUAAUCCUGCUCGACUCGAUUUAUGGCGAGAGGUACCAGCAGAAAUACGGCGGAAAGAAGCUGAGUGCGGAGUUUUGUGUCAAACCAAAAAGGGGGAAGAAGAGCAAUGUGAACUGUCUGAGCAGUCUGGUCAGCUGGUACAUGGAGCACCAGAAGACCUGCCCCCACGAGCCCCAGCUGCACGCCCUCGAGCCUGUGCUGGGCUUCUCCACCACGGCGGUGUGGCAGUGCCAGGCCGGCCACGGCUACAUGCAGCACCUGGUCUCUCCCAGCAAGGAUGCCAGCGAGUCGGAGAACGAGCCCGAGCCCGACACGCCGCCAUGCGACAGGGUGGCACCCUGCACCAGGAGGAAAACGGCCUCUGCGUGCCACCUGGACGCCACGGAGACGGCCGAGGAGAUGUCGGAGGGCCUGCAGGGCGGCGAUGGCGAGCUGGCCAGAGCAGAGCCCAUCACGCAGGACAGUCAGGGGCCUCCGCCGGGCCAUCCCGGCGAAGCCGACGCGGACUCCCCGGCGGCCAGGUCUCUGUGGAACAUGGAGGUGGUCUUGGAGGAGGGGGAGGCCGUGCUGGAGGGCAACAAGGCCGGCGAGCCCCCUGGGCAGCCGGAAAAUGCGGCGGCAUCCUCGGAAUCGGGUCCCGGAGCCCUGGGCCGGCAUGCGGCGGGACCGGAGGAGGAGAAGGGAGGGGGCGCGCUGGCCGCCGAGACGGACUACGAGUGCAUGGUGGUCACUGCCGCCCUCACGGACAGGGCAGUCAAAGACGGGCGGGUUGGGGUGGCGGAGGACUCCGGGCGGGAUCCGUCCCACCCUGCGCCCCCUCCUCCCCCCACCAUGCACAUCACCGGCGGCGGGGAGCUGUACGACCAGCAGACUCUGCAGACCGUGGUGGCCAGCUGUCAGAUCCCCGACGCCCAGGGUGCCAUUGAGGGAUCCCAGGUGAUCAUCAUCACAGGGCCCAGCUAUGAGGCCCUGACCACAGAGGGCCUGCAGCUGAACGUGGGCGAGAGCGUGGGGGAAGAGAUGACCUGCACGGUCAUCGAGGGGGUGGCGUAUAACCAGGUCUGCGAUUCUGGGCUCGGGCACAGGGGCGUCGUCCAGAGCUUGGACACUGCUAGAGCUGUCGGCAGCAGGCAGGAGGUGCACAGUAACCUGGAGCUGGAGGGCCUGGGCGUGCCGGCUGAGGAGAAGGAGAUCCAGAGUGGGCUUCAGAGGUCCAAGAGGAGCCGGCGGGGGCCCGUGAUCGAGGCGGACGGGAUGCUGAAGAUGUUCCACUGUCCAUAUGAGGGCUGCAGCCAGGUGUACGUGGCCAUCAGUAGCUUCCAGAACCACGUCAAUCUGGUCCACAGGAAGGGCCGGACGAAGGUCUGCCCGCACCCUGGCUGUGGGAAGAAGUUCUACCUCUCCAAUCACCUGCACCGCCACAUGAUCAUUCACUCAGGUGUGCGGGAUUUCAUCUGUGAGACCUGUGGCAAGUCCUUCAAGCGAAAAAACCACCUGGAGGUUCACCGCCGCACACACACUGGAGAGACGCCGCUGCAGUGUGAAAUCUGUGGGUACCAGUGCCGGCAGCGGGCCUCCCUCAACUGGCACAUGAAGAAGCACACCCCCGAGGUGCAGUACAACUUCACCUGCGAGCACUGCGGCAAGAGGUUCGAGAAGCUGGAGAGCGUCAAGUUCCACAAGCUCAAGAGCCACCCGGAGAAGCAGGCGGCGUGAACGUGGAGGGGGUGAACUUCCUGUCCCAACCCAGCAAGGAAGCUGUGUCCUGUAGGCUCUCGGCCAGCGCCCUGAAAAUGAGGUGCUCUGUGGUGACUGGGCCCGAUUGCUCUCUGGCACUGGCGAACUUCCUGCGCAGUGCGUUUCCUCUCCUUGCGGUGCUUUUGGAAAGUCCUCUCCAGAGCCCAUAGUGCUUAAAUCUGUGGACGCUUUUUUUACACAACAUCUAGUGAAGGAGGCCGGGGAUGGUGGUGUAGGGCACAGUGAUAUGUUGGGUUUUACGCCAAGGAGAGGGUAGCACGUUCUGGGUUUGAAGUGACACUCCAGACCUUCUUAUGUGUUUUGAGACCUUUUUUGGUUUGAGGUGAAGUGAUUGUUUGUAGGGGUCUCAUCCCCGAGACAGAACGUAUGGAAAUUUCCAAUGCACUAAUGCACAGAUGCCUAACUAGGCUGUAAUAUUACUGGCCCAUCUUAAAAUGGCUGCAGGCCUGCGUGGAAUUCUAGUUAGUUUCCAAGGGGCAUGUGGUAGCUCUGCUUUUUGUAAAAGCAGACAAUCAGGGAGCGAGGCAGAUUGAUGCUGCAGAAGGCACAUCAUAUUUGCAGAAGUGCUCCAGGACAACCAAUUUCACUGAUGAUUCGAAAAGACUCAUUUUAACACAGCAGGACUCUGCUAACUGGUUUCCUGCCAGAGUCCCAAAUCCUUAUUGGAUUGGGCCAGAGAUGAGAAGACUUCCCAUUUACCUGCAUUGAUCUCCUCAACAUGUCUUGCACCAGGACGUCCCAUGUCUGCUUCUCAAAGGCAUAGUAGAUCUGGCAGGUUUCGUACAAAUCCUCACUAAAUCAACAGCUUCAGUCCAGGCCUUGUGUACCUCCAAGGUGUCCUGCUUCUUUUAAAGCACCGGUACCUGAAGAACUAGCUGAAGUUAUUCUAUAGGACCAGUGAAGCCAAUAAUGAGCUGAUUUUAGGCGAUUAAGAGCUGGGUUGAACAGGAUGGGAGACCCCUAAUGUAAAGAACACUUUCCAAUCUGACUGCUGUGCUGCUCCUGAAGCCUGUACUUUGGGAUCCCCGCCUUGGACACUCGAGAGUGAUCUGGAUUUUAAUCAUGGAAAGAUGAACUGGUCUGGGAGGCAAACAUUACAGUUUGGCCAGGUUAGUUUAUCAGUAGAAGGCCUCUUUCAAGGAGCUGCAAAAAUGUAUGUAAUAUUUUAAGAUCUGAGCUUAACUGGAGUUUUUAAGUUUUGCCUACCCUCUUUAUACCCCCCUUCCCCACACGCAUACUGACUAUUUGUUUAAGAGCUCAACUUUCUGGCAGUGGUUCCUGCACAGAGUGGAGGGGGGGUGAGGAUCUGUAGAGGCGGCCUGUCAGAGCCUCUGUUAUUUCUCCAUGCGGUCCACGGGGGAGGGUUACAUGUCUCUGGGAAAGCCUGCAGGUACUGGGGGAUGUCUCUGUCCAGCUGUGGGGACCCUGGCUGACUCGGCUCCCAGUUGUGCUGUGCCGCCGCCGCCACCACCAGGAGAGUCCUGGUUGUAGCAGGCAGGUGACAGGACCCUGGCUCGAACCCGUGACAUUUUGGUGCCGUGGAGCCCAACCUCCAGUCUGAGGGAGCACCUGUACUGCCUGGUUUCUGGUUGCGAUUAAAUAAGUGGUCACCCCCACGUGCAGACAUCCCGCAGAUCAGCACCCAUGAGCGGCUCGCUCGGGCUCAGCAGGACCAUCGCUCAGCGUGAUCGCAUCGCCGUAAAGCACAGAAAUGACAAGUUCGUUUCUUCCAACAUCUUGAACAUCCUCCCCAGUUGCAGAGUCUUCUGCUUUACUGCAGGGCCAGCGCGGACAUCCCGAGUUAACUGGGGUUCGGGGGUUCAAGGUCACAAACACAUGAUAAGAAGUGAGAAAGGGAUCUAAAGGGCCUAACAUUCUGGCUCAGUCAGAUACUUUUUUUUUUAUGCUGGUAGAAAAUGUGCACUUUAUGAGGGACGUUUUGAAGACUUGGCCUUUUUUGCCAUGUCUGGACUUUUCUGAGCAAACUAGAGCCGAACUGACUGAACUUUUUCCCGUCCUUUUUAAAAAGGUGAAAAAAAUCUGGUCUUUUCGGAGCACCGCGGACGCAAGCGAUCCGUUUCUGAACGGCCGCAUCUCGCACAGCGAGUGUUUGAGGCGGCGCUGCGGGUGACGAGAGAGGAGUUAAAUAGUGGUUUAAACUUCAGACGAGAGCAAAUUGAACUGGGGUGGUUGUCUCAGGAAACGUGGAUUUGAACUGCUGCUUGACCAAACCAAUCUCCUUUGUUUUAUUCCGUUCAAUCUUCUCUUUGGAAGCUUGUUCGUAAGGGGCAUAUGCACUAACUAAGCGCUGUAAAGUUACAGAUUUUGUUUACUGUAUCAUAUUAAUACUAAAUAUGUGAAAUAUAUUAAUAUUACAUUUGAAAAAAAAUAAACUGUACAGAAUACACCCACGGUGGAAUAAAGCCAGUUUUUGCUGUGCUGUUUCUUGUUGUGUCAAUGGCCACCAGGUGGCAGUGUUUCCAGCCACAGAUGUGUUGAAACUUGCGGUUUCGUCCUUGGAGUGGGACAGUCUAGACUCCAGUAUCUGCAGGCGAACAAAACUCUUUUUGUGUAAUUGUACUUUUAUUUUCAGCUGAAGAGUUGCAGUUCCGAGUUAAUCUGUACUCAUUGUUGUUUAAGGGUAUAAAGUAGUCCUAAUCAAUCAAAUAAAUAAUUCUGUUUAGAGCUUGGUUGAAUCAGUUUGGCAGGAACUGGGGUCACCAGGGAUUGGAAGAUGUAUCUUGGCGUUUAACACUCGAAGAAGGCUCCACAGCCAAAAUGUUGUUUCCUUCUCUUUCAAACCUUUAAUUUGUUCUCUUGGAGUUUAAGGUGAGUCUUAAAGUUUCACUCCUGUUUCCACUGG